AUGGGAGCGUGUGUUUCAACUCCACAAGGGUGCGUGGGAGGGAGGUUGAGCUCUUCCAAGAAGAAAACCAGGAAGAGGAGGAGAGACGGACUCAGGAGAAGAGUUACUUCACGGUUGUGUAAGGAAUCAUUGGACAAGGUUGAUGUGGCAGGGUUGCCUGAUUGUUCCUUUGCCAACCCCACUUUCCAAGGAAGUAUUGAAGAGGCAUGGUUUGAUUCAGUUGCGGUAUUUGACUCUGACUGUGAUGAAGAUUACCAGAGUGUUCCUGAUGAUGUCGCAUCUCUAACUGGGGUUGAAGGCGGAUCUGUAUAUAAUUUUCCAUCUUCAAGAAAUGUCAACCAUGUAGUUUCCACAGAUCCAGCUCAGAAACAGGAGUUACAGGCAGGACAUUCUACAAAUAUCUCUGAGGCUGCCAGAAGUUCGGAUGUUCAAUAUUCUGGUGUAGAUGUCAUUGAAUCUCCACGUCAGCCUGUGUUCCUUGAUGAAAUUUCCUCAGUGGACGCCAACUCCAACAAGGAUGAUGGACUUUUGGAUAAUUGUGGAAUUCUUCCGAACAAUUGUUUGCCAUGUCUUGCAUCUACCAUUUCUUCUGUUGAAAAGAGAAGAUCAUCAAGUUCUAGUCCUCCUAAUGCAAGGAAGAAGACACCAACAAAACUUUCCUUUAAAUGGAAAGAAGGACAUGGGAAUGCUACUCUAUUUUCCUCCAAGACACUUCUACAAAGACCAAUUGCAGGUUCCCAAGUACCCUUUUGUCCAAUUGAGAAGAAAAUGCUUGAUUGUUGGUCACAAAUUGACGCAGACACUUUCAAAGUUCGAGGAGUAAAUUAUUUCAAGGACAAGAAAAAGGACUUUGCUCCUAACUAUUCUGCAUAUUACCCAUUUGGUGUAGAUGUUUUCUUGUCUCCACGGAAAGUCGACCAUAUAGCUCGCUUUGUGGAACUUCCUGUUAUGAGUUCCUCCGCGAAAUUUCCUCCCAUACUAGUUGUAAACGUUCAGGUUCCACUCUAUCCUGCCACACUUUUUCAAGGAGAAACUGAUGGUGAAGGAAUGAGCAUUGUUUUGUACUUUAAACUUUCGGAAAGUUACUCCAAAGAACUUCCACUGCCUUUUCAAGAAAGCAUCAGAAGAUUGAUGGACGAUGAAGUUGAAAAGGUAAAGGGUUUUCCUGUAGAUACUAUUGCACCCUUCAGAGAAAGGUUGAAAAUAUUAGGCCGUGUCGUCAACUUGGAAGAUCUUCAUCUGAGUGCAGCAGAAAGGAAGCUUAUGCAAGCUUACAAUGAGAAACCUGUUCUUUCACGUCCCCAACAUGAGUUUUACACGGGAGAAAAUUACUUUGAGAUUGAUAUAGAUAUGCAUAGAUUCAGUUACAUAUCCAGGAAAGGUUUUGAAGCUUUCCUAGACAGACUAAAGAUCUGCACUCUAGAUGUUGGCCUCACAAUUCAGGGAAACAAACAAGAGGAGCUACCAGAACAUGUGUUAUGUUGUAUUAGAUUAAAUGGCAUUGACUACAUGAAUUACCAACAACUGGGGCUAACUCAGGAUCCCUUCUAA